AGCCUUGAAUGAAGAACCACUUCCUGAAGGCUGGGAAAUGAGGUACACUAAUGAAGGCGUUAGGUAUUUUGUAGAUCAUAAUACGAGAACUACCACAUUCCAAGAUCCAAGAUCAGGAACUGGAACAAAAGGUCCAAAAGGAGCGUUUGGUGUGCCCAUUGCAUAUGAAAGAAGUUUCCGAUGGAAGCUUGGUCAGUUCCGAUAUCUAUGUCAAUCUAAUGCCUUACCAAGUCAUGUCAAAUUGAGUGUGUCAAGACAAACUUUGUUUGAGGACUCUUUUCAACAG